UCUGAGCCUUCGAAGAUCAAAGGAAAACAUUCUGACGUCACAUGACGUCAUGACUCACUCAGGGUCACUCUGUACUUACUUGGUUGAGUUGGAGCAGUGAAUACCAGUUACCAGGAGAUUUAAGUGGAAACAUUUACAAAUGGCAGAAAUGGCAGAUGCGAACAAUGUGAAGAUUUCUUCUGCUGACAGCAGCCGUGCUAAAGAAGGAUCUACAAAGCACAGCAUCACAUUAACCGGCCAGGAUGAUGGCAAAGGCCCCAUUGUCAAAGACCUGUCAGAUGCUCUCACUCAAGCUACUGGAGUCCCACAGACCUCACAGAAACUCAUCUUUAAAGGAAAAUCACUGAAGGACAUGGAGGAGAGUCUGUCCAGCUAUGGAAUAAAAGAAGGUUGUAAACUCAUGCUGAUUGGAAAGCGGAACAGUCCUGAGGAAGAAGCUGAACUGAAGAAGCUUAAAGACAUUGAGAAAUCUGUGGAGCAGACGGCUAAAAAGCUGGAGAAGGUAGACGGGGAGUUGACCGGACUCAAGAAUGGUUUCCUGGCCAAAGACCUCCAAGCAGAGGCGCUGGGUAAACUAGACCACAGAGUGAAAAUAGCAGCGGAACAGUUCAUGAAGAUCCUGGAGCAGAUCGAUGCUUUGAGUCUCCCAGAAAAUUUCAACGACUGCAGGAUGAAGAAAAAGGGACUUGUAAAGACAGUGCAGGAUUUCCUGGCCCAGUGUGACAAGAUCGAGGCUUGUAUAUCAGACCACCUAUCAAAGAUCCAGUCGAAAAAUCUUGCCCUGGCGGAGUAGAGCUACAAAAUCUUCUAUACUGUGUGCUAUACAUUGCUCUGUGAGCAACUGCAAAAUGUACAGAAAACUUCAAGUGUGGAGCAGCUCCUUGUCUAUUUAUUGUUGACGUGACGUGUAUGAAAGAGAACCCUGUGAACAGAAGAGGAGGCUGGUUAUCGGCGCCGAUCCUGGGCACAGCUGGGCUACGUUCUCCGGGUUAAAGACACAUGAAGUGCUCCUUGAGAUAUUGUAACCACAGUCACUCUGUGAAAGGAUCAGAGGUGCUUUGAAUUGUGGCUAAUUAUGUAAAGAAUCCAAUCUUAUCAAGUUAUCGGUUCCCCUAGUAACUCACAAAGUGUCCAAUAACAGAGAAAAUAGGUUUGUUUUUUUCUUCUUGUUCUGAUAUACCAACUGUGGCAGUUUGUACACACAUUUCCAGAAGUAUGUGGACACCCAAACAGCAUUAAUCCCUGCCACUAGCACAGGAUUUUAGGAGACUAGCAGCAGGGAUCAUCAGUGAGGUCAGGCUCUGAUGUUAGGCAUCCCAGUGGUCGUAGCUCUGUGCAGGCCAGUCAAGUUCAUCAGCAAACUGGGGGAAACCAUUUCUUCAAAGGCAUUAGAUAAAAUGAGCAUUUUAUAAAUAAAUCUGGAAAAUAAUUGUUACAACCUUAGCCCAAACAUUUAAAAAAAACAGCCUGCUGUCCACAUACUUUUGGCCAUUUAGUGUAUAUUUAUCACUCUACAUUGAGUCAGCACCUUUUGUUAAAUCCAGUGACUGAUCCUGCGUAAUCUUUUUUAAUUAAUGUGAACUGUGGAAUUGGUCUUGCAUCACAGGGACGGACACAUUGAUUUUGCUUUUGUUUUAAAAUUAAAAAAAAGAAAUCUUCUGGAAAAAUGAAUAAAGCAUUGGUGAUUCAUGUCAGAACGCAGUUUUAAUCUUUUAAUUUCCUACAAAAUACAAACGAUUCAGUAAAAGCAAA